AUGGCCCGUGAAGCACAUUAUCGUACCGAGGUCGGCCCGGGCACAGUUACAGCACGACGCGUGCUGUGCCGGGCCGCUAGGUGGGGAGGCGGGCGGCGCGAGGCGGAGACGGGGGCGGGCGGCACGGCGAGGGCGGCUGAGGCAGGGGCGGGGAGGCGGGCGACGCGAGGCGGAGGCGGGGGCUGGCGGCGCGGCGAGGGUGGCCGGGGCAGGGGCGGGGACACGGGCGGCGCAAGGCAGAGGCGGGGACACGGGCGGCGCAAGGCAGAGGCGGGGGCGGGCGACGUGGCCAGGGCGGGGGCGGGGAGGCGAGCGGCGCGAGGCGGAGGCAGGGGCGAGUGGCGCGGCGAGGGCGGCCGGGGCAGGGGCGGGGAGGCGAGCAGCACGAGGCGAAGUACUGAUUUACAGAUGCAAUGGGGCAGUGGUCGUAGCCCACAGAGAGAAAAGACCAUCGGUAACGUCAGUUGUUUGAAGCAGGUGGUGGCAAUCAGUCAGCGAAGCUACUGCAGGGAAUGGCCCAGGCUGUGCCUCGAGACAGGCAUGGUCGGGGCCAUAUAUUCAAGGGCAAAUGCAAGGAAGAAGAGACUCAGGUCUUUACCCUUGAUGAAUGGGAGAGGAAAAAGAUCAUUAGUUCGAAGUCCACAGCGGAAAGCUGCAUACAAGAUACUAGCCGAGACGAGGAGUUGGCAAGGCAGCUGCAGGAGCAACUAG